AUAAACCAUGCUGGAGAGUUGCAGAGUAAUUCCGCGCAGGGGGAUAGAGCAACAAACACUCUGCUGGUUUCGAAUUUAUGAUUAAGGUUUACUGGUCACCACAGGGACUCUGGAGUCCUCUAUGCGAAAGUAAAUCAAGUUUGAGAAAGCGACAAAUUUCGUGUGAGUGACUAAUUGAUGCGUACCGGACGCCGAAUGGAUGGCAGCGCACAAGACGAGACUCCCUGAAAGAGUUUUCUUUUCUCAUAGGAGCGUGAAUAUGCAGGGAUGUGAGCCGAACGCGAGGUAGAAUGGCUUCCCUUCCUACAUGGAUCUCUGAGGAAUGGCAGCUUUUUGCACUCGUCAUCACCAUCUUCCAAACGCGGACUUGCGGAGACUUUUCCACCGGCUCACCAUCGCGUCUUCUCUGAGUAUCCUCUGCUUCUCCCUGGUUUACCUCCUUGCCGGAUGCUGCCAGUCCGGGCUGGUGGAAAACUCUGACAGCAAGCCAAACGCGCUCGGGUUCCUCACGCCGGGAUGGCCGUACGAGAGGAACGUCACCGGGGCUUCCAAAGUCGCGUCAGUGGGCGAUGGUGCGUUCGCGGCUCAAACCGGGAUGGAGUCGAACAGCUCUGGGAAAGAAUGGACGGCCACGCGCAGGUUACCCCAAGCUCUGAUCAUCGGGGUUAAGAAGGGAGGAACGAGAGCUCUGCUGGAGUUUCUGCGGCUCCAUCCUGACAUCCGGGCUCUUGGUUCCGAACCGCACUUCUUUGACCGGCAUUACGCACGCGGACUGGACUGGUACAGGAGUAUGAUGCCCAAAGCGCUGAAUGGCCAGAUCGUAAUGGAGAAGACACCGCGCUACUUUGUUACCGUGGAAACACCAGCGAGAGUCCACGCGAUGUCACAAGAGGUGAAACUGAUCGUGGUCGUGCGGGACCCGGUGACCCGAGCUAUAUCCGACUACACGCAGAUCAUCUCCAAGACACCUGACAUCCCUUCUUUUGAGAGCCUCGCCUUCAAGAACCGUACCACAGGCCUGAUUGAUGCUCAGUGGAGCCCUCUAUGGAUCGGCCUGUACGCCCAGCACAUGGAGCGGUGGCUGGCCUGGUUCCCCCGGAGUCAAAUGCAUCUGGUCAGCGGUGAAAGUCUCAUCACUGAUCCAGCUGGGGAAGUGGGGAAAGUCCAGGACUUUCUGGGUCUCCAGAGGAUUGUAACAGACAAACACUUCUACUUCAACAAAACAAAAGGCUUCCCUUGCCUGAAGAAACCCGAGGGGAGCAGUAAACCCCACUGCCUGGGGAAGACCAAAGGGCGGACGCAUGCUUCGAUCGACCCGGAAGUGAUGCAGAAACUGAGGGAUUUUUACAAGCCUCAUAACCAGCAUUUCUACCAGAUGGCGGGGCAGGACUUUGGAUGGCAGUGAAAAUGUCAAUUAGUAUUUUGUUAGCACAGUAAUCAUUCAUUAAUUGAGAAACAUUUUCUCUGAAACCCAUGAAUAUACACCAAUGCUCCUUUUCCACUGUACGGAACUUAGUCUUCUCUCCGCAACACUUCUAUUGACAAAACAAGCUGUAUUUGUUGUACGGUAGCUAUUCAGCCGGGGUUCCAAGCACACUGAGUAUCCAUGAUACAUGACGAGAAAUGACAAAAAUAAAUGCACACUUAUGUU